AUGUUGGAGGCCUUUCACACGAUCAAGGGAGCUCUGGUGAGUGCUCCAAUUGUCCAACCUCCUGACUGGAACCUUCCGUUCGAGGUGAUGACAGAUGCUAGUGACUAUGCUGUCGGAGCGGUUCUGGGCCAGAGAAAGGAGAAGAAGCUGCACGUGAUCUACUACGCCAGUCGCACACUUGAUGAAGCUCAGUGCAAGUACGCUACGACUGAGAAGGAACUAUUGGCGGUGGUGUUUGCAUUUGAGAAGUUUCGGUCCUAUCUUGUUGGAUCGAAGGUGAUUGUCCAUACUGAUCACGCUGCCUUGAAGUACUUGCUGACGAAGAAGGAUGCGAAGCCGAGACUCUUGAGAUGGAUUCUUUUGCUUCAGGAGUUCGAUCUGGAGAUCAAGGAUAAGAAAGGGAUUGACAAUGGUGUAGCUGAUCACCUGUCAAGGAUGAAGAUCGAUGAUGACGUCCCUCUAGACGACAGCUUACCUGAUGAGCACGUCUACGCUGUUGAGGUGAUCGACUACGGCGAGCCCCUGCUCGCAGAUGAUGGAGUUCGAUCGACGAAUUACCUCGCUGCUGAGCAUGAACCUACUGGUUUUGUGGGGAACAAGAAGAAGAAGUUCUUGAGAGACAUCCGUCGCUAUUUCUGGGAUGAGCCAUACCUGUACAAGCACUGCACCGAUGGAGUCUACAGGAGAUGUGUAGCUGAUGAGGAGAUACCUGGGAUCUUGUUCCACUGUCAUAGCUCGUCUUAUGCUGGACACUUCGCCACGUACAAGACUGUAUCCAAGGCGCUGCAAGCUGGCUACUGGUGGCCCACCAUGUUCCGAGAUGCUCACAGAUUCGUGUCUAAGUGUGAUGUAUGCCAGAGACAGGGGAACAUCAGUAAGAGAAACGAGAUGCCACAGAACUUCAUUCUGGAAGUAGAGGUUUUCGACGUGUGGGGAGUUGACUUCAUGGGACCCUUCCCAUCUUCCUAUGGAAACCUGUACAUUUUGGUGGCUGUCGACUAUGUAUCUAAGUGGGUAGAGGCUUUGGCCAGUCCCACUAAUGAUGCAAAGGUCGUGAUGAAGAUGUUCAAGUCGGUGAUCUUCCCUCGAUUUGGUGUGCCGAGAGUUGUUAUCAGUGAUGGAGGUUCCCAUUUCAUCAAUAGGACCUUCGAUAAUAUGUUGAAGAGGCACGGGGUGAAGCACAAGGUGGCGACUCCUUAUCAUCCCCAGACGAGUGGCCAAGUCGAGCUAUCUAACAGAGAGAUCAAGAACAUCCUUCAGAAGACUGCAGGCACGACUGGGAAGGACUGGGCUGCAAAGUUGGAUGAUGCACUCUGGGCCUAUCGAACUGCCUACAAGACUCCUCUUGGUACGACACCGUUCAACUUGGUCUAUGGCAAGGCUUGUCACCUGCCUGUGGAGUAG